UGGAGCUGUGUUUGACAGCCUAGAGUAAGGGCGCAAAAAAAGCGAAACCUCAAACGGUCCUUCAUUGAGUGAACGUAUAGUUUAAUCAUUUCCAUCAUGACAGUGAUCGGUAUAACGCUGUGACAGUGAAAUUUAGAUACAGAAGGUUCGACGCUUCACACUUCGAGAUGGAAACUCUGAUUCCGAUCAUUAACAGACUGCAGGAAGUUUUCCUUACAGUUGGUGCAGAGAUCAUCGAGCUUCCUCAGAUCGUAGUCGUAGGAUCACAGAGCAGUGGAAAGAGUUCAGUGUUGGAGAGCUUGGUUGGACGAGACUUCCUGCCUCGGGGUUCAGGAAUAGUCACACGGCGCCCUCUAGUGCUACAGCUAGUGAACGUGCCCACUCUGGAGGAGAGACGCAAACAAGAAAAUGGAAAUGGAGCUAAACAAAACUCUCAAAACAUCUAUCCAGGAAUCAAAGCAGAAGAAUGGGGCACUUUCCUUCACUGCAAAAACCAGAUUUUCACAGAUUUCAAUGAAAUCCGGAAGGAGAUUGAGGAGGAAACAGAACGCAGCACUAAUAAUAAGGGCAUCAGUCCAGAGCCCAUUUACCUGAAGAUUUAUUCCCCUAAUGUACUCAGUCUGACAUUGGUUGACUUGCCUGGCAUCACUAAGGUCCCAGUUGGUGACCAGCCUGAAGAUAUAGAGACUCAAGUACAGGAGAUGAUUUUGUCCUACAUUUCCAACCCCAACUCCCUCAUCCUGUGUGUCUCACCUGCAAACUCUGAUCUGGCCACAUCUGAUGCCCUUAAAAUGGCACAAGAGGUGGACCCAGAUGGUCGUAGGACGCUUCUGGUGGUGAGUAAGCUGGAUUUGAUGGACGCGGGAACAGAUGCACUGGAGGUUUUGCUAGGUCGGGUCAUACCGGUCAGACUGGGUAUAAUUGGUGUGGUUAACAGGAGCCAACAUGAUUUAAACACCCAAAAGAGUCUCACCGACUCUGGCAAAGAUGAGCAGGGGUUUCUACAGCGGCAUUACCCAUCAUUAGCCUCUCGAUGUGGCUCGCGAUACCUGGCUCGCACCCUGAGUCGACUGCUCAUGCAUCACAUCAGAGAUUGUCUUCCGGAGCUAAAGACUCGAGUCACGGUGCUGACCACCCAGUACCAGACCCGACUCAACAGCUACGGGCAGCCUGUGGAAGACCAAAGCGCCACCUUGCUGCAGAUCGUCACCAAGUUUGCCACCGACUACUGUAGCACCAUUGAAGGCACUGCCAGACACAUACAAACCUCUGAACUGUGUGGUGGAGCUCGUAUCUGUUACAUAUUCCACGAGACGUUUGGAAGAACCCUGCAGUCCAUUGAUCCACUGGGAGGACUCACUGAACUAGAUGUCCUCACAGCUAUCAGAAACGCCACGGGUCCUCGGCCAGCACUAUUUGUUCCUGAAGUGUGUUUUGAGCUGCUGGUGAAGAAACAGAUCAAGAGACUGGAGGAGCCCAGUCUGCGUUGUGUGGAGCUCGUACAUGAAGAACUGCAGAGAAUCAUUCAACACUGCUCUGCCUACAGCACACAGGAGCUUUUGCGUUUUCCCAAACUGCAUGACUCAAUAGUGGAGGUGGUGACCAUUUUACUCAGGAAACGCCUGCCCAUAACCAAUGACAUGGUUCAUAAUCUGGUUGCGAUUGAGUUGGCCUAUAUAAACACAAAACAUCCUGAUUUCACCGAUGCUGCCCAGGUGUCUGCAUCUGUCAACAGCCAGCAGGUAGAGGCAGGGGAUGCAGGCAAGAGAUGGAAGAAUGAGAAGAUGCCAUCAGAAGAGAAAGGCCCUGUGCCUGGGUUUGGGAGCCCCACCAAAGCUGUCAACCUGCUCGACACGGCUGUGCCAGUAUCCCGCAAACUGAGCGCUCGUGAGCAGAGAGACUGUGAGGUCAUCCAGCGACUCAUCAAGUGCUACUUCCUGAUCGUGCGCAAGAUCAUCCAGGACAGUGUGCCAAAAACGGUGAUGCAUUUCCUGGUAAAUUUUGUGAAAGAGCAUCUGCAGAGUGAGUUGGUGGGCCAGCUGUACAAACAGCCUCUGCUGCAGGAGCUCCUCACCGAAUCUCAGGAAACAGCACAGCAGCGCACAGAGGUCGCACAGAUGCUGGAGGCGCUGAAGAAAGCCAGUAACAUUAUCUCAGAGAUCCGUGAGAUUCAUCUUUGGUAGCCAAACAUUCUCAUGAACAUUGUCAGGAAAGUGUUUACAUGUUUGUUUGUGAGAGUGCUGUAUGUGCUCUGUUUGAGUUUGAACGUGUAUAAUACAGGUCAAAUACAUCAUAUCUGAAGAAAUUCAAUUCCUCUGCCACCAUGAACAUUCAAGAAUAUAUUUAAGACAAAUGUAUUUGUGUACAGUUUUUCAAUUGCUCCUUGUUCCCAAUGUAUAUGCACAGAAUUCCAUUAUUGCACGUUUCACAGAAGUCUGUGCGUUUGUGUGCCUGUGUGUUUGUAUCAU